CCCUCGCUGCUACCGGCGUUCGAGCCAUUGUCGUCGUCCCCCGGUGGUCUCCCAAGAGCAUUGAAACGCAAAUUCAAACAAGAUGAAGACGACACGCGCAACUUCUACCCUACUCCCAUGCCAACCUCUGCCACCGGUAUCCUCUCGUCAUCGCCAAAUCGACGCGUCCCUGGCCUGCAACGUACCGCGUCUUAUUCAUCGCUCUCCGAAAGGGCUCCCUUGGGCGCCGUCCCCACUGUCAAACUACCCUUGAAUGGAGAUGCUCUGCUCAUGGGCCGCUCGAGUAACUCUUCCGACUAUCAGCUGUCAGCCAACCGCCUGAUUUCGCGCGUCCACGUCAAAGCCACGUACAAUGCACCCGACGGUCCGCGUCUUCUUGGCGAGAUGGUCGUCCAGUGUCUAGGGUGGAACGGAGCAAAGGUCCACUACCAGGGAUCUGUCGUUGAGUUGGCGAAGGGCGAAAGCUUCGUGUCACAAAAGCCCGGCUCUCAGAUCAUGAUUGAUGUUCAGGAAACGCGUGUCUUGCUCGCAUGGCCGCAGGAAGAGAAGCAGUGUCCCUGGGACGUCGAGUCGUCGGUCAGCAGAGAGAACAGUGCCGCACCUGAGAGGAUCGCCUCCAGCCCUCCUCCCGUCCUACCCAGACUUCGCUCGCCAGAAUCACCCUCGCCCAACCAACACGACACCGUCAACGACACUUUUUCAGAGACGUUCAUUGCCGAUCCCUUCGACCUCCCUAGCAGUCCUGGCCCCGUACACGUCUACGAAGACAACGAGCCUGCCGAAGCUGAUGAUCUGCCUGCCUCGUCGACCCCCAUGCCCGCAACCAGGCUCUCUCCCGAACCUGUCGACCGCUCAACACCCACCCCUACCAAGGCCAGCGUACAGCAGUCCAUGACCACAAACCCCUCUGAUGCCCCCGAGGAAGCGCUUGAGAACGACGAAGAGAACGAUCCUAUUGUUCACUCUUUCGGUCCAUACGGCGACAAUCUCCUCUCACGCUUCGAGUCGUUCAAGUCGACUUGCAAAGAGGAGGAACGUCCACGCAUUCCCCUCAAGAUCACUCUCAAGGCCACUAAUCAGCUGCGUACCGAUACCCAGACCUCCCAAGCCAUUCGCAACCUCUCGCCUGUCAAGAACCACAUCAUCAACCAAUUGGCCUUCACGCGCAUCCAUUCGUUGCCCAUCUCGGCCAUCUACAACAACCUUCCAGCCGAGAUGAAGGGUGGCCGCAGCUUUGGCGAGAAGGCUUUGUCUUCGGAAGAGCUCAAAGACCUUAUGGAUAGAAUCCCUUGUGUCGGCGAGAUUGCUCGCUCUGGCAAGGAUGCCGCUGGUAAAGCUCUGGAAGAUGAGUUCUACUAUGUGCCCGAGAUGGACACCGACGAGCAUCGACGCGCUGCCGUGAGCAUCGCCAAACCCCCUCUUAGAUCGACCCGCAAACAACAUAAGCAAUACUACUGGAAGAAGCCUCGU